AUGACUGAGCCUGCAGCGCUGUCAGAAAUCAUCGACCAUUCGGAAGACAACAGUGGAGGAGAAGCAGCAGCAUGUGCGCCCGCGGCGCGAAUGUGGCGGUGGGUGUGGUCGCGGCGCGACGUGCUGCUGAUGAGCACGGCGUUCCUUUUCUUCUUCGUGGCGUUCAACGCGCUGCAGAACGUCGCGACGAGCAUCCACGGCGCGAGCAACAUCGGCGCGCUCUCCAUGGGCGUGCUUUACGCCGUCAUUGUCGUCACCGCGCCGCUCGCGCCCUUCCCCAUCCGCUUCUGGCGAGCGCGCGCCGCGAUUCUCGUGGCGCAGACGGGGUUCUGGGCUUUUAUCGGUUCCAACGCGUUUACUAUAGAUGCUGACUUCACACGCUAUGUGGUGCAGCCGCUGCUGGGAGCGCAGUGGAUGGGCGGAGCCAUGAUGGUCUUUGGAGUCGCCAUUGCCGUUUGUUGUUUCAUCGCAGUUCGCUUCGCCAAGGGGCUCUCAUCGAUUCGCCUCAUGCUGCUGCUGGGUGCUGCCUCGCAGACAGCCGUUCUCAUCCUCACAUGGCUCUUUCAGGACAGAGCCAUGUCCAAGCCAGCAGCAUUCGCGCUGGUGUUCAGCUGUGCACUGCUGUGGGGAAUCGGCGCCACCGCGUUUCAGUCCCAAAUCACUGCGCUCCUGCCGUUGGUCUUCCCAUCCGACGUGGACGCAGCAUACGCGCAUUGGAUCUCGUGGAGCAGUGCGGCCUGCUCCGCCUACUUCCUCGCCAGCCCAUACAUCGCCACGCCCAUAAAAAACUCCCUCCUCCUCGUCGUUUGCCCCCUCUCCGUUAUACUCGCUGCUGUCGCGGUCAAGAUUAGACCCCCAGGACAGGCCACACUAUGUGAAGGGGUGUGA